UUUUCUCGUUUAGUUUGGAAGUGUAGGUUUUGUUUGUUUGGGAGUUAAACAGAACUAUUGAAUAUAUUUGGAUAAUUUUAAUACAUUUUAAUAUUUGAUUAAAAUGAUACCAAAGGAGAUUUUAUCAGAUUUGAAAGAGUUAUUUGAAAAAGCAAAUAAGCUCACCAGUGAAGAGUACAAAAAUGAUCCGCCAGAUGAGCCGUACACAUCGCACUAUGCCGCACGUGAAUGUUACUCGCAACUACAGCGAGAUUUAGAUAACUUAAUUGCUUCCGUACAGGCCGAAGGUGGUGAGGGUGAUGCAGAGGAGUUUAUCUAUAAGGUUUUGUUGGCACAUAAUAUUCGUUCUUUGGCUCAAAUAUGUGUUUUCGUUGAGGAACCAAAUGGAGCGGAAGGACUACUUAUGACGGUUGUUGAAAUGCUCGAAGAGAAGCAUACAACAUCUGAAGCAAUCAUACCAUUUGUUGGCGCACUUACUGAUUUGGCAACAAUAACUGCUAAUCGCCGCGACUUCCAAUAUGCAUUCGAACAGUUAAAACGUGCCGAGGAUACGUAUAAGGCGUUCAAAGAAAGUGGUAAAAAUGCUUAUAGUUUGUCCGAUGUGUUGGGCACACCUGAUGAAACUGAACCUGAUAAGGGUAAUGAAGAUUUAGAAAAUUUGUAUACCCACUGCACAUUCUUUAUGGCACAAGUUUAUGCGCAUAUGUCACAAAUGGAAAAGUCAGCAUUCUACUGCAAUACCACGCUGCGUCGUCAAAUAACAUCAAAAAAUUUGGAUCACAUUGAUUGGGCAUUAAAUGCUGCUACGCUAUCGCAAUGUUAUAUCGGCCAUAAUGCCUUUAAGGCGGCAAGACAUCAAUUGUCAGCUGCCACCUAUGUCAUCAAGGAGUAUGAGAAAAAAAUGUUAACCGAUGAAAUGACCGAAGAACAACGUAACGAGACUACUGAAAACUAUAAACAUCGCUAUGCAGACAUUGCGCGUUGCUGGGCAAAAUAUGGCAUUAACUUACUGUGCGCUUCUAAAGAUCGUUUGGAACAGGAUAGCAUGGAAGUUGUAAGUGACGAUUUGAAAAAAUUAUCAAAUGAUCCUCAAAAUUAUCAGUACUCCAGUUUGAAAUUGGAUGAAUAUGAAAAACUUAUUACUGCUAAUUAUUGCUUAACCUUCGAAGAUGCUAAACCUAUUUACCAUUUUGUUAUUAAAUGGCUUGAUCGUGCUAAAGAUUAUUAUAAGAUCGAUGGUGAAGCAACAGAAUAUGCAAAAAUUAUUAUUGACUAUGCUGACUUGUACUUGUAUGUAUCGUUCUUCGAAGAGGAUCCGAUAAAUCAAAGUAAAAUGCUAAAACGUCGUGCUACCUAUUUCGAGGAACUAUCAGCAGUGCUUAAUCCCACAUUUUAUUUAGCAAUUUGCCGUGAAUGCUGGUUUGGAGCUGGUCUCACAUAUUCGAAAAUCUUAGAUAUAAAGCUAGAUAGUAUGGAAAAUACUGAGACUGCAACACUAGAAGCACAAAAGGCAAAUAAAAUAUGCCUCAAAGCUAUAAAACAUUUCGAAACCUAUGUUAAGUCAUAUGCAUUAGCAGAUGGAGUCACAAUGAAACCCAAUUUAGAUGUGGAUGAUGAACGAAAUGUUCUAAUGACAUAUAUGUAUUUAGGACGUUUGUAUUAUAAAAUAAUAUCAACUGAAGUGCCAGGGCAAUUGUUAUCAUCAAAUAACAGCUUGAAAUACUAUAAACUAUUCAUAGAGGAAUGCGCCAAACAUACUGAGGCUGCUAACACCCUUAAAGCAGAAAUUGGGGUUUCACGUGAAAUGUACCAGCUAUUACCAUUAAGAAUAUCUACUCUACGUGCUCGCCUUGCCGAGUCUCAACAAGCGAACUAAAUUUGUUUUUUGUACUAAUUUUUAAAUAUAUAUUUUAUAUUAUAUUGCAUUUA